AUGGCUGGCGUCUGGGACAAGGCAGCCUAUGCAGCUCUUAAUACCAUAUAUCUCUUUGACGACGAGAGAACUGGUAUUAAAUCCCAAUACGCAGCCGCUGGUGUCAAGUUAUUAGUGUCCAUAUUUGGUUCCUUCGACGUCCCUACCACCUCCAGAGCAGAUCCCACAGCGACUGCUGAUACUAUGGCCGCUUGGGUUAGCCAAUACAAUCUCGAUGGCAUUGAUGCAGACUACGAGGAUUUCGCUGCUUUCGAUGCAGGUGAUGGCAAAGCUGAACAAUGGUUGGCAGACUUCACGACGCGUAACCCUUCCGAAAAAUUCAUACAUUCUGACACAUUCCCGUAG